UACAAUUAAGCGCCUUUGUGCGGUCAUAUAAAAGACGCUACUAAAUUUUUGGAGUAAUUUUUUAUUUGAUAGAACUUUACCAAAAAAGUUCAAAAAACGUAUUGAUUUGUAGUAAUAUGAGUAAUGUUACCAACCAAAAUGGAUCAGGUCUAGAGCAGCAGUUUGCUGGUCUGGACUUGCAGGGCGGCCAAAAUACUGGUCGUUACGUGCCGCCCCAUUUACGUGGCAAAUUAUCUGCUGCUAGUGAAAAUAACCAAGUUUCUAGAAGUGACUCCCGUACUGGAGAUUCUUUUCGUGAUUCCAGAGAUUAUCGAGACACAAGGGAUUUUAGAGGGGGUAGCCGUUCAGCGGGCAGUUUUGGAUCGCGCGGUGGUGGUGGCAAUAGAGACCGCGGUGCCGAUUUCAGUAGUUUUAACAGAGGUGGUAGUUCCCGCGGCGGUGGUGGAGGCGGAUACCAGAACGGUGAGCGCGAUGGCUGGCCCGAUCACCGUGAUAAUGAGAGAGAUGCCGGAGGAUGGGGUAACAGAGGUAGCAGUGCACGCGAUUCGCGUAAUAACGACCGCUGGCAAGACGAUAAGCCAAAAAGCGCCGGAGGACGUGCAGGAGGUGGUACUGGAGGUGGUAGAUCCUCCGAUGUGGACUGGACGAUUCCGACGGCUCGCGAUGAACGUCUUGAGCUUGAAUUAUUUGGCAAUGCUAAUACUGGCAUUAAUUUUAAUAAGUAUGAAGACAUUCCCGUGGAGGCGACGGGUGAUAGAGUACCUGAGCCUAUCAACUCUUUUGAAGAUGUCAAGUUGACUGAGAUUAUACGUAACAAUAUUGCAUUAGCUCGUUAUGAUACACCUACCCCUGUACAGAAGUAUGCUAUACCAAUCAUCAUUAGCAAAAGGGAUGUUAUGGCAUGCGCUCAGACAGGAUCUGGUAAAACUGCUGCAUUUUUAGUACCCAUAUUAAAUCAAAUAUAUGAACGUGGACCACCGCCAAAUUCUCGCUCAUAUGGCCGCCGAAAACAAUAUCCUUUGGGCUUAGUUUUGGCCCCAACUAGAGAACUUGCCACUCAAAUUUUUGAUGAAGCUAAAAAAUUUGCUUAUCGUUCAAGUAUGCGACCGGCAGUUGUAUAUGGCGGAGCUCAUGUGGGAGACCAAAUGCGCGAAUUGGAUCGCGGAUGCCAUCUCUUAGUAGCCACUCCUGGUCGAUUAGUAGAUAUGCUUCAGCGUGGCAAAAUAGGUUUAGAUCAUUGUCAUUAUUUAGUUCUUGAUGAGGCUGAUAGGAUGUUAGACAUGGGUUUUGAGCAACAAAUUAGGCGAAUAGUAGAACAGGAUACAAUGCCACGCACUGGUCAAAGACAAACUUUGAUGUUCUCAGCCACAUUCCCAAAAGUUAUUCAGGAACUGGCCAGAGACUUUCUUGAUAACUAUAUAUUUCUUGCUGUUGGUCGUGUUGGAUCAACUAGCGAAAAUAUCACACAAAAAGUUCUGUGGGUUGAAGAGCAUGAUAAAAGAUCAUUUUUAUUAGAUUUAUUGAAUGCCUCUGAUCUAACACAACCUUCUGCUGAAAGUUUAACACUAGUUUUUGCAGAAACGAAAAAGGGAGUAGAUUCUUUAGAAGAGUUUUUGGAUCAAGAGGGUUAUCCUGUUACAUCAAUUCAUGGUGAUAGGACUCAAAGAGAACGUGAAGAUGCAUUGAGAAGAUUCCGCUCAGGCUCCACCCCAAUAUUAGUUGCAACAGCUGUAGCUGCUCGUGGUCUGGACAUUCCACAUGUAAAACAUGUGAUAAACUUUGAUUUACCCUCUGAUGUUGAAGAAUAUGUGCAUCGCAUCGGCCGUACUGGUCGUAUGGGUAAUCUUGGUGUUGCAACAAGUUUUUUUAAUGAUAAGAAUCGUAGUUUAUGCAAAGACUUAAUUGAACUGCUUGUUGAAUCCAAACAAGAAUUGCCUAGCUGGAUGGAUCGCGUGUCAACUGAUCGUGGUUAUACUGUUCGACGCGGUGGUUCUGGCCGUAACGGGGGCGGCGGCGGCGGUGGUCGGUUCGGCGGUUCCGGAUUUGGGUCACGAGACUACCGCACACAGCAAGGCAGUGGAAGCGGAAGCGGAGGUAGUGGCAGGCAAAGCGGCGGCGGCAGAUCAAACAGCGGAUAUGGAGGAGGCGGUGGUUACUAUGGCAGUGGCGGCGGUAAUUACGGCGGCAAUUAUGGUGGUUCUACUACGAACGCAGGUCCCGACUGGUGGAACGAUAAUUGAGUCAUUAGCGUUUUCUAAAUUAGGUGGUGCGCGUCCCUUUACUUUUGUUCAAUGCCGUGUUUGAAGUUUUCACACAAACAUUACAGAUUGCAAAACCUUACGUUUUGACUUUACUUUUAUUUUGAUUGUCUAUAGAGAGGCGUACAUGCCUGUCAUUCAUGUUCGAUCAUUUUCACUAAUUAAUGACAAAAUAUAUUUAUAAUAUUAAAAGCAUUUCUCUAAUGAGAAAUGCAUUUAAC